AAGCCCUCUUCGGACAACCAUUCCUGGAAACGCCGAGGGUCGGGGACAAUUGUCGCGGAGGACCCCGCCGCCUUCAAGUUUUCAGGCAGAUCAAUGACGGCACCAAGCGACCGGAUCCUAAGCCACGCAACCUUAAUAUAACUACAGCGCUAACACCUUAGCAUGGCUUCAGGGUCCAGUGAACGGACACCGCUCCUUGGCGAGGUUCAAGACGCACAUCAUGAUGUGGCUCCGGCUGUUCCGAAUGGCCAGAACGGGUGGACGGCGCCAGGUCGAGAGGGCGGAUCCAAGUCGUGGGUACGGCAGCUUGCCGUCUCGCUGCGCAACCGCCUCAAGGUUCACGUUGAGAACCGAAUUUUGUUAACUGGCUUUCUCAUUACACUCUCCUUCAGCUUCACCCAGGUCCCCAUUUUCUACGUUUUCCACAUAAUGGAGUGCGACGUCUUUUACAAGAAUCACCCUCCGUACGAGGGCAGUGGCGACCGCUGUAGCCGCAACGAGAUCGCAGCCGGGACCGCGACCCAGUUCUCCAUCUUGGGCAUGAGUACUACAUUUUGCGGUACCAUCAACCUGUUUGUAGCCGGAUGGAUGGUUAAGCGGUUCGGCCCGCGGGCCGCCCUCAUGGUGCAGACUUUGGUGCCGGCUAUCCGGGUUGCCACGCAGAUUCUCGGCGUCCUAGCCGGCGGCGAGGCUGGUAUUAUCAUUAUUCAGUGCACGCAGCUGAUUACCAUCAUUGGAGGCCCAGUUGGGUACAUCUUGAUUGCCAAUAUCAUCGCCGGUGAGGUGGUUGAGCCCUUACGACGGACGGCCGUGUUCGGCAUGCUUCAGGGCUGCAUCAUGCUGGGACAGGGGCUUGGCUAUCUAGCCGGCGGCAUGAUUGGCGAUGCUUGGGGCAUCAGCCGGCCGUUUGAAGUUGCCUUUUGUGCAUUCCUGCUCUCCUCCAUCUACGUGCGACUUGCGGUACCAUACAUUCCCACCGAAUCGUUGUCGAGCGGCUCAAAGCCCAAUUCCAAGGGUUUCGCAGAACUGCUGUCUCCGUUGAGGGUUCUUGCUCCGCAAAGGCUCAUUCUCAACACGGGUGUGACGAGGAACCAUUAUGGGGUGCUGUUUUUGUGUGCUGGGGUGUUUCUCGGCGUUCUGGCUACUGGAUACGCACCGUUGCUAAUCCAGAUGUAUGCCACGGCGGUGUUCGAGUUUCAACAGGGCGAUAAUGGCUGGCUUAUGUCGGGGUUUGCGUUCAUGCGCGCCGCUUUUUUGAUCUUCCUUUUCCCUCGCAUCAUCAGCAGUGGCCGGAGAUGGUACCAGGGCCGGGAACGACGGAUGGAUACAAGAGACCCUAAACCCCGCCGACCCUCCUCCCUGGCGACGAAUCCGGAGGAACUUGAAGCCCCCGUAGGCAGCUUCGCUGAGGAAGAGCCAGUGUCUGCCGAUGAAGUUAAGGAGGACGAAGGCACCGCUUUUGAUCUUUUCUUUCUUCGUAUAAGUUUGGUCGUCGACGGCGUGUUGACCAUGUGCGCAGCCUUCGCCACCAAGAGCUGGCACAUCUAUCUCGCUGCCUUUUUGCUUCCCUUUGCUUCCGGCUCUGCACCGGCAGCCAAAGGCGUCAUGACGGAAAUGUGCUCGGCGUCAACGAGAGCAGAUGCGUUGAACGCUUUAACCCUCGUUGAGAACAUCGCCAGGCUUGCAACUCAGGGGUUGUUCGGUUUUGCCUUUGCGGCGUUGGCGCAGAUCGGUAAACCGCAUCUAACCUUCUUUGCUAAUGCGGCCAUCGCGCUCUUUGCAUCGGGCGUCUUGUUGCUAUCUCGCUUCCCUCCUGAGGGGAGCAGGCUCGCAGAGACGAGCCAUGGUCCGGAACAUCCCUUUAAUAACGAGGGACCUGAGCAAAACCACGGGCCGCAAGACGGUGUUAGGGCAUAACCAGGUCGAGGCUUCACCAUGCCGCGGAUGGGAUAACUACAGUUGUCAUCAUUGGCAAUCGAUGUAAGGGCCCAACUACUGGUGUUUUAAGAGGGCACGUACCCAGCCACGCAGCCACGCGGACGGGCGAAC